AUGAGCAAGCGGCCAGCCAAACGCACCAGGCACGAAGAGCCUGACAUUAACCAAGUGGCCGUUGCUCUGGCCCACAUGGCUGUCACCGAACAGACGGAAGUAGAGGCUUUGCGAGCAGAGAUCGAGCAGUGCAAGGCGGAGGCGGCAAAAUAUAAUGAAGUGGCUGGCCAUUUUAGACGCAUCAACCAAUGGCAGAAAGACUACACGGAUGCGUACUCGGCUGACAGAGACAACUGGCAGAUCCUGUUCGCUUGCAUGAAGGAGGAGCAAGGAGAUCCUGGCUGCCUUCAGGUUACCCUCCCAUUUGCGUUGGCAGAGAUAGAGAAGGAGAUUGAAAACGGCUCCUAUCCUCGGCUCUUGUUGAAUUUUUCGGACUCUGCAUACGAGGAGAUCAAGGGAAUGUGUGAGCGGAACGGUUGGAUCUCCAAGGUGGAAGCAGCUGAAGAUGACCAAGAGAACGUACAGGAGGAAUGA